ACGCGGCACAGUGACAAUGUCUGGUAUGCCCAUUGUGUUCGAGGCAGGAGUUUGGACAUCACCAACAAUGGUUUGUGGGAGCUUGGAGAGCUGGGGAAGCUGGCUGAAGAUCGCCACGGUGAUAACCCUAACCCUAUCUCCGCUGGCCUGCUGCUCCAACAUUCUGGUGGUGCCGUUGGAUGGCAGCCACUGGCUCAGCAUGCGCAUGCUCCUGGAGGAGCUGCAUGAUCGUGGGCACAACAUCAGCGUGCUGCGCUCAUCCUCCAGCUGGUACAUCUCCGAGGAGCCCUCCCUCUACCAGUGCUUCACUGUGUCCAUGCGCGGCAAGCUGGGCAUCAUAGAGGACCGCGAGAUGAUGUCACAGUUCUUGCUGGAGUCGCUGGAGAUCCUGCGGGACGGGCGAACCCUGACCGCCUUCGUACGCAACACACAGAUCAUCCGCAAGAUGCUGUGGGACACUCACCACCAACAGCGGGAGUUCAUUCGCCUCCUGUUCGAGGACGGCCAGCUGAUGGAAAAACUGCGAGCUGCCAGUUUUGCCCUGGUGCUGACUGAUCCCUUCUUCCCGGCCGGGCUGAUGCUGGCCCACCACUUGCAGCUGCCUCUGGUCUACCACACCCGCUGGUUGUCCAACGGUGACGGCCAUUACCUCAUUGCCCCGUCGCCCACCUCCUAUGUGCCCAUGGUGGGCUCGUGCUACACCCCCAACAUGCCCUUCCUGCAGCGGCUGGCCAACGCCGUGCACUACCUCAUCAGUUUCAAGCUGGCCGGUGCCUUGGUCUACUCCAGCUACGAGGAGCUGUGCCACCGGUUCCUGGGGCCAGGGACCGACAUUGAGACGCUGAUGCAGCGUGCUGACCUGUGGUUGAUGAAGGUGGACUUUGUCUUCGAGUUCCCACGGCCCACCAUGCCCCACGUGGUCUACGUGGGGGGGAUGCAGUGCCAACCAGCGCGGCCACUGCCACCAGACCUGGAGGAGUUCGCCCGGGGCUCCGGCGAGCACGGGGUGGUCUUCAUGUCCCUGGGCACCAUUGUGACACAGGUCCCUGCUGACCUGGCAGCCGUCAUCGCUAAGGCUUUGGCCCAGCUGCCUCAGAGAGUGAUCUGGAAGUAUGAGGGCAAGAGGCCAGCCAACUUGGGCAACAACACCCUUCUGAUGCGCUGGGUACCGCAGAACGACAUCCUUGGAGACCCCCGAACCCAGGUCUUCAUCUCCCACGGCGGCACCAAUAGCAUCUACGAGGCCAUCUAUCACGGAGUGCCAGUGUUGGGCCUGCCGCUGAUCUUCGACCAGCAUGACAACUUGGUGCGGCUGGAGAGCCGGGGAGCUGCCCGCACUCUGGAUGUAGCCCACCUGGACUCCCAGCAGCUGCUGGAUGGCCUGACCGAGGUCCUGAACCAGCCCUCGUACCGGGAGGCCAUGGCCCGGCUCUCAGCCCUGCACCGUGACCAGCCGCAGACCCCCCUGCAACGCGCAGCCUUCUGGGUAGAGUUUGUCCUGCGGCACGGCGGAGCUGCCCAUCUGCGCCCUGCCUCCUUUGGCAUGCCCUGGUACGCCUACUACAGCCUGGACGUGGCAUUGUGCUUGGGCCUUGUUGCAGCCUCCCUCAUCAUGCUCACCCUCCUAGCCCUCAGGAGGCUUUACCAAGCCCUGAGGAGAGUGAAGGAGAAACAGUCCUAACGUUGGGCUUCGGUCUGUCAGUUAGCAAGGUUUUGGGGGCACGAAGGGUGGUGGGAGGUGUUGGAUUCUUUACAUCUGGUUGAACAGCUAUGUUUCUCUUCACCUGCAAACAUUCCUUUUUUCUGUGGGGUGGGCCGGCUACUUGACUGCAGUUGGCAUCGCCACCAACCUCCAAUUCAGCACCACCUCCACAGGGCUUUGAGCAGGUUGUCGUGGGGAAGGAAAGGGUCAACACUUAUACCUCAGUGCUAAUGCACCCACAAUUGAGAGUCCACAACUG